AUGGCAGAUAAUAUAGACAAUAACGAUAACAACUUAUCCUCCGCUACUCCGAGAGCUAGAUUAACUAACUCCGAAGGUCGUGGCUCUGACCCUGAAAUAACGGUAUCGUCUCCUCCGACACCACGACGAUCUUUAUAUAUUAGCAAUGCACAAUCAAUGGCUGCAUUAAAAAAACAACUUCAGGACCAACUAACCGAAAAUAACUCUUUAAGUAAUGCACUUCAAAAACAACAAUCGGAAUUAGAAAAACAAAUAAAAGAGCUUGAUAAAAGUGAUAGUAAUGAAGUUCCUCAAGAAUUGAAAAAUAAAUUAGCUGACCUUGAAAAAGAAGCUAGAGCUAUAGAUGCAAAUACUGAAAAGGUCCUGGGUUCAAAGAAUUUAUCAGAU